CCCCCGGUGAUCACACACGCACCUGCCCACCUCGGUCAAGCGGUGUACCCACGAUGGCUCUCCGUUUGGGCAGCGCGGUCCUCGUCAGGGGCGGGUUACUUCAACGCUCCAACUUCCCAGCGGCAACGGGAGUCCGAAUCAGACUGGCGUUUUCGACGGGGGCUAAAAACAAGGGAGGAGAUGACGCCGCCGUACAAGAGGAAAACAAGGCAAAGAUCAAUGCGGCUUGGAACUCCUCUGCGGAGGCGUACGUCAGGAAUAUUCAGGAUGGCGCUUCCUCCGCUUCCCUCAAAGUUUCCUCGGGCAUGAAUGUCGGUUACAAGCUUGCGACGAGAAUCGUCACGUCUCCGUACGAUAAGGUGCAGCCGAAGGAGCCCGAAAAACAAGUGGUUCUCGAUGUCGCCUCGGCCGGGGGAGAGCCGGCGAUCACCAUCGCAAAGGCAAGAGAGGGAAUAUACCGCAAGGCGAUGCCUGGCGCUACGAUCCACGCCACCGAUUUCGCCCCAGUGAUGAUUGACCUCAUCAGGAAGAGAGCCGUGGAAGAAGGAGUCUCGAAUGUAGUGGCGAGCGUGGCAGACGGGGAAGCAUUGACCGGAUUCGGGGACGAGACGGUGGACGCGGUGACCUGCACGUGGGGUCUUCUCUUCAUGCCGAACUGGCAGCGUGCUAUUCAGGAAGGCUCGGUAUUCCAGCGCAUACGUAACGUGGUGGAGACCCUCGUUCCCGGGUUCCAAUUGCUGAUCGACGCUGAAGCGCUGGGCGAGGACGGGGGAUCAGCGGUAGUCGAGGAGAUGAAGGCUAGUUGGACCUCGCCUCGCACCACCGGAGCAAUCAAGCCAUGGUUAACCCUUUCGAUUGGCUCUUCCUUCAGGCUGCCGGGCUCUGCGACGUCUCGGCGUCCAAGUUUUCGGUGCCCGUGGUCCUCUCGGCCGACGCGCGGCCUCGGGACAUCUGGGAGCACUACACCCAAUCCUCGCCACUCGGGGCAACAAACCAUGUCGACCUUGGAGAAAAAAGGGCGGACCAACAUUCGGCAAGAAGCCAUGGACAUUUUCGAAGACUCCAUGAACAAGGAAUGGGCCGAAGGACGAACGCCCCUCGGACUCCAGAACGAAGGCGACGACCUUGCUGGUGGAAGCUCUCCGACGGCAUCUCGGCCGCCUCGCAUUUACUACGUCCGAGCACUCGUCGUCGUGGGGCGCAAGGUUGGCGGCUGAACGGGCGGAGAACAUGGAACGGCACGGUAGGUUACCGGAACGGUGCAGUACGUAGACCUUACGGGCUGUUUGCUACACUAUCGGUUCCUGCUUCCACCUCCGGGAGAGAGGUGUGAAAGGAUUGUCAGAUGGUGCGUAGCACCAACGGGCAGUCUAUUCGUUUUCCGGUCAUUUUUUCGUGUUUGAUGGCCGUUUCAGGGCAUCGGUUUGGUACAAAUCCGACGGAAAAUAACCCGUGCGGGCAGACAUGUGAAUGCAAGAUGGCUAAGACGCUUGGCCCUCGACAGCAUAGUUUCGCGUGGCGGCAGUGCGGGAUAUGCGGGGACGGUAUCGUUUGGGCGUUCACGCUUACGCACAACCCGGAUGGUGUGGGUGCAACUACCCGUGCCCCAAAUCCAUCAUGGCGUGGGGAACAUCGUUCCGGGUGACUUGACCAAGCAUCUGUUUUUUCACUUUGAUUCCUCGAGUUCGUGCAAUGUAUGGUUUGGCGUGCCUCCACCGUAGAGAAGGGUGACUCCUUCCGACAUUAUCUUUCGUUUUCUAGACCAGCCUUACGUUUUCGGUUGCGAAUGAUACCUCACCGUUCUCUGAGGUCUGAGGAAACGACGCAGUUGGCUACUGUGAGUCUUCCCAAUAUUAUCUCGGCGGGAUGGGUGGCGUGGUUGCGUACGCGGUAACUGUAAUCCGUAAGAUAAUACUUCCUCUGUAUCACAAGUUAGGGUACCUAAAUGCAAUAGAUUGUCUGGGUGCAACCGUGUUAGUGAUGGUAGCAUAGUCGGGUUUGCAAGAAAGAUAUAACAAAGAAGAAGCGAUAGAAAAAAAACUAAAAAUCUAUUUCUGUACCUAAUAUUGGUCAAAAUAUACCCUAUUUUGGCCUGUUUUGGGAAUAUUUUUGAGAAAAUAUUUUGGGAUUUUUUUUGAGAAUUCUCGGCAAAACUCUCAAAACCAUCUAAUAUUAGUACCCUACCGGGGUGAGCAAGCGGCAGAGGGAGGGAACGUCAGAGAGGGUAGUAAAAUGCGAUCAGGAGGCUUUGAACAAGGCUUACGCCUGGGCGGCAUCGAGUCCAAGUGAUGAUGAGGAAGAAUAGUCGACUUUCUCUUUUUUUUCCCCGCCACCAACCAACCCUUCUUUUUGUCCCGCAAGUGUCUUGAUUUUAGUG